CAUAACCAUGGAGCAGGACGGCGUUGGUGCCCUUCGCACUCGAUCCAAGGUGGCGCCGGAUUGGACCGUCGAGGAAUCCCUAAUUCUAGUCAACGAGGUCUCUGCUGUGGAAGCUGAUUGCCGCGAUACCCUUGCUUCCUUUCAGAAAUGGAAGAUCAUCGUCGAGAAUUGCAACGCCUUGGGUGUCAAUCGCAACCUCAACCAGUGUCGAAGGAAGUGGGAUUCUUUGCUCUCCGAUUACAAGAAAAUCAAACAGUCAGGGUCGAAAAAGGCGAGUUUCAAUUCUGAUUUGUUUAAGGUGAUUGAAUGGUACGUUAGGGAAUAUGAAGGUGGGUGCGAUACGGAUCCUGAUAGUGAUCCUGAAGCAGUGCCGGAGCCUGUGCUUGCUUCCAUGGUACAAUCUGGUUCAAAAAAGCAAAGGUCAAAGAUAAUACCUCAGAAACGCAGCAUAGAGGACACACCAAAGCCAAAGAGACACAUCAAAAGCGAAGAGAUUAAAGUGGAAGAAAGUUGUUCGGAACCAACAAACGACAUUUUGAAUGGAAGCAUGAGGCCUGAAGAAACCAAUCAAGAGCAGCAAGAACAAGCGAUGGCUGAUACACUCAGAGAAAAUGCAGAGCUGAUCGAAGCUAUCGUGAAAGAGGACUCGAUGAACGAUGAGUCUACUAUCGACUUAACUAGACUUAAUGGUGAUAAGCUUAUCGUUUGCCUUAGCAAUCUUGUAGUUGCCCUCGAUCAGCUUUCUGAAUUCGUUCAAUAAUCUUGAAUGUUUUUUUGUCGAAAGUAAAUUGUGAUUCAUGAAAACUUAUGUUUUUUAGGUCUUACAACCUCUGAGCAAUGAGUUGGACUCUUAAAGCUUGUAACUUUAGGCCAAGAAAAUGGAUGUUAUAUUUAUAUUAGAUGUGUUGAAUAUUUCAUUUUUAAAGCUGUACAAAUGCACUCAUUCUACAAAGAUUUCCGGUUUAACCAA